AUGGACGUUGCCGGUUUGCGGGACCGGAUCCGGGCGACCCUAGACGCAAAUGCCGCCGUCAGACAGCAAGCCGAACUCGACCUCAAGCAUGCCGAAGAAAAGCCAGGUUUUCUCGAUGGUCUGCUGAAUAUCCUCGAGCAGGGAGGAGAGAAUGCCGAACGCCUAUCGACCGUCGUCUACCUCAAGAACCGCGUAUCAAAAGGCUGGUCACCCGCCGAAGAAUACAGUCAGGCAACGCCUAUACCCGAAGACGAAAAGACGGCUUUCCGUACCCGCCUGGUCCCCGUCCUCGUCGCUUCUCCGCCACAAGUGCGCAUUCAGCUCAUCCCUACAUUGCAGAAAAUACUCGCAUACGACUUCCCGGCCAAAUGGCCCGACUUCCUCGAUAUCACCAUACAACUGCUGAAUGCUGGGAACAUAGAGUCCGUCUUCGCUGGUGUGCAGUGCCUGCUGGCCAUAUGCAAAAUCUACAGAUUCAAGUCGGGGGAGAACCGCGCGGAUUUCGACAGGAUUGUCGAAAUGACUUUCCCACAACUGCUCAACAUUGGCAACUCGCUUGCAGGCGAGUCGAGCCUGGAAGCCGGAGAAAUAUUACGGACAGUACUCAAGGUGUACAAGCACGCCAUCUACCUCGACCUCCCCGCGCCCCUCCGCGAUCAGCAAGUCAUGGUCGGCUGGUGUACUCUAUUCCUGACGGUCGUUGGCAAGGAACCGCCGGAAACUUCCCUCCCUGAAGAUCUCGACGAGCGCGAGGUAAACCAUUGGUGGAAGGCGAAGAAGUGGUCAUACGCAAACCUGAACAGGCUCUACGUUAGGUACGGUAACCCGUCUGCGUUGGGUAAAAACAACGAGGUCGAUUAUACCGAGGUCGCCAAGAAUUUCAUCGCCAACUUUGCACCCGAGAUCCUCAAGGUCUAUCUCCAGCAGGUCGAAAAAUGGGUUGGAAAGCAGGUUUGGCUAUCAAAGGCGAGCUUGUACUACACGCUCAACUUCCUCGACGAAUGCGUCAAGCCCAAGACCAUGUGGGCUCUGCUCAAGCCGCACACGGAGAACCUCAUCGCACAUCUCAUUUUUCCGGUACUAUGCCAGUCCGACGAGGACAUUGAGUUGUUCAAGGACGAGCCGCAAGAAUACCUGCACAGGAAGUUGAACUUUUACGAGGACGUAACCGCGCCUGACGUUGCCGCGACCAACUUCCUCGUUACCCUCACCAAGAGCCGUCGUAAGCAGACAUUCAGUGUCCUGAGCUUUGUCAACGAAGUCGUCAACAGGUAUGAAGCCGCCGCCGACAACGAGAAGAACCCGCGAGAAAAGGAGGGUGCGCUGCGUAUGAUUGGUACACUCUCUGGCGUUAUACUGGGCAAGAAGAGCCCCAUUGCAGACCAGGUCGAGUACUUCUUCGUCCGCCAUGUAUUUCCCGAGUUCCGCAGUCCCCACGGUUUCCUUCGUGCUCGCGCCUGCGAUACGCUAGAGAAGUUCGAACAGCUCGAUUUCAAGGAUCCGAACAACCUCAUCAUCAUCUACCGGAACAUUCUGGAAUCCAUGGCUGAUCCGACCCUCCCUGUCCGUGUCGCCGCUGCCUUGUCACUACAGCCCCUUAUCCGCCACGAUGUCAUCCGAAACAACAUGAAGCAAAACAUUCCUCAGGUAAUGCAGCAGCUGUUGAAGCUUGCCAACGAGGUCGAUGUGGAUGCGCUGGCGAAUGUCAUGGAGGACUUUGUCGAAGUUUUUGCCCCUGAGUUGACACCUUUCGCCGUGGCUCUCAGUGAGCAGCUACGUGACACCUACUUGCGAAUUGUGCGCGAGCUGGUCUCAAGAAAUCAAGAAAAGGGCGAGGACAGCGAAUACGGCGACUUCCUUGAUGAGAAGAGUAUCACCGCGCUUGGUGUCCUGCAAACCAUCGGCACCCUCAUUCUUACUCUCGAGAGUACGCCCGAUGUGCUCUUGCAUUUGGAGACUAUUCUUAUGCCUGUCAUUACAAUCACACUCGAAAAUAAACUUUAUGACCUGUACAACGAGGUGUUCGAAAUCAUCGACAGCUGCACAUUUGCAGCCAAGAGCAUAUCAGGCACAAUGUGGCAAGCUUUCGAGCUGAUACAUAGGACAUUCAAGGCCGGUGCCGAACUGUACCUUGAAGACAUGCUCCCCGCGCUUGAGAACUUUGUCAACUACGGUACCCCAACAUUGAUCCAAAACCGCUCAUAUCUGGACGCAAUUUUCGACAUGGUCAGGACUAUCUUCAAAGAUGACAAGGUCGGCGGUGUCGACCGUAUCUGUGGUUGCAAGCUCGCUGAGAUCAUCAUGCUCAACAUGCGCGGCUUUGUCGAUGACUACAUCCCAGAGUUCAUCGGGCUGACAAUGCAUGUGUUGACAAACGAGGAGCCGAAAGUCAAAUCCCUACGGAUUCAUCUUAUGGAGGUGGUCAUCAACUCCAUCUACUACAACCCCGCACUGGCACUACACGUGCUCGAGUCAAAUGGAUGGACCAAUAAGUUCUUCAGCCUCUGGUUCUCAAGCAUCGACAAUUUCACCAGGGUCCACGAUAAGAAGCUGUGUAUUUCCGCCAUUUGCGCACUUCUUACACUGAGAGCGCAGGAUGUCCCAGUCAGCGUACAACAAGGCUGGCCACGUCUGUUGCAAGGUGUCACACGCUUAUUCCAAACACUUCCUGCGGCACUCAAGAAUCGUGAAGAAGCCAAGAAGGAAGACGCUUUCGACUACUCUGCUGAAUACGAAGAGGAAGAAGGCGAAGAAUGGGAACAAGAGGCCGACUGGAACAAUGAAGCAGAUGAAACUGAGGAUAUCAAGGACGAGAGUGCCGCUUACCUUGACUUCCUUAAUGAGGAGGCACAGAAGUUCAGUUCCGUCGACGACGAGGAUGACGACGAACUAGAAGAGGAAAGUCUCCUCGAAACCCCGCUCGACAAGAUCGAGCCAUAUGGCAUGUUUAAGCAUGCUUUAUUCCGCCUCCAGCAAGAGCAACCUGCGCUAUAUGAGAAUCUCACAAAGAACCUGAGUCCAGAAGAACAACAGGUGGUCCAGAGCGCUGUCCAUCAAGCCGACGUCAUUGCGCAAGCUCAAGCAGAAGCCCAGGCUGCUAUUGCGAAUGGACUACCACCAGUGGUGCCACAGUAG